CCUUAACUUUGCUACCCCACUUUUGCAUGCAAUGCUGAUCGAAUCGUCUCAAUUGUCUUCCACUUGUUCCAGUUGUUCCAGUUGUUCUUCUAAAUUCUGACUACUAACAUUGAACCUAUUACCUAUCAUGGAUUAACUAAGGUGUCUAAUGUAAGUUCUUACAGGUGUAAGACCCCGGAUCUUUCUAAUUGUAGUUGACUUCAACUACUUCAGAACCAUAGGAAUCUAUCGGUGGUUGGCCAUACAUCCAUCCCCUGAUACACCAAGGAUUCUCAGCGGCUCAGCCAACUGAUUCAACUAUAUACCACACUACAUACUGCAUACUAAUUCGUAACUGUGGGGAAGGGAUUCGCGAAGAUGAUAUCCGACACUCUUACAUUAGAAAAAGACAGGUACCGGUAGUUCAACUAUACUCGGAGGAGAUGAAUUCCACGACGUCAUUAUCGUCGUCACCGGCGCCCUCGUCAUCUACGACGAUACCCCAGGCCAUCUGGGACUUACAGGUGCCCUUGUACAUCACCCACGCGAGCGUUCCCAACACUCCCUUUGUCACUUUAGUGCCACGUUUUAGCUACCUGGCCUUCUUGUUGCCGCGAUUAUCCACCUUCUUCGGCCUCCCCUGCUCUAGCUUCCACCAUGAGGACAUCCUCCUGCGUAACCUGGCAGUCGGCCUCCUCGCCGAUCUCUAUCAACCUACCUUGCCCUGGCGGCUUGUCGUCUCCGAUGGCCUGAGCUGGGAUAUUGGCGAUACCUUUUUGAACAGCGCCAAAGAGGCCGAUUUCGUGCGUAACGGUAAUGCACACCAGAUAAUGGCGCUAUCCAAGGAUCAUACGACAGCGCUCUGGAACGCCGUAGUAGAUAACGAUUAUGCCUCAUUUAGCAAGGUCAACUCCGUCCUGCUUAACAGCUCGCGCGACCUGCGGCACGUGCCUAUCCGGAUAUACAUCCCGCAAUCGUCGGAUAACCCCGCCGCCGCCGCCAAUGCCCAGACGGGUUCCUUCAAGGUUGUCCAGUCUCUUGUGCAGCCACGCGUAAACGACCGCACCCCCCAAACUCUCGGAGCUGCGCUUCGUCGGCUUCUCCCCAGGUUGUUUCCGAGUAGUCGGGACCCCGUGCUAGCAGACGUGAUCUUACACGGCGCCAGUGUACCUUUCCAUGCCCCACUGGAGGAGCUGAUGCGCGAGGCAGCGUAUCCGGAUGGUUGGCUGUGCUUGGUUGUCAAGCCAUUAGAUCUGUAGCUUACAUACGUUUCACCCUACUUAUUCAAACUCUACGUUGAUAUAUGUACUAGAUGGAUGGUCGUUCCCCAAGGAUGUUUUUAGGGCCUAGGCGAAGGAAUAGUUGUAAUAGCCUGGGAAGUCAGCCUACAGGCCUGUGGUACUUGUCCUUUAGGUAAUAGAUCUAUAUUCCUGAUCGGGGCAGCUUUCCUUUUACUCUGCUUAGCCUAAGUACCUGUACCUAUCUAUACCUACAUGUACCAAAGUAAAUCCAGAAUAUAUAACUACCUAGGCAGAGC